CGCCGCUGAACGAGGCCCUCGACCCGGGAGUUUGACCGAAGCGACACCGGGACAGGAGGACCAUGGGUGCCGGUUCGAGCAUCGAGGCAGAGCGGGAGCCGCUGCUCGGUCCCUCCGGCGCGGAGGCGAGAGUACAGCCGGUGAACAGCGGCAGGGUGUACGGGAGAAGAUGGCUGGUUCUGAGCCUGUUCUCUCUGCUGGGGCUCCUGCAGGGCAUGGUGUGGAACUUCUGGGGACCCAUCCAGAACUCGGCCGCGCACGCUUUCGGCUUCACCAAGUCCGACAUCGCGGUGCUGGUGCUGUGGGGCCCGGCGGGCUUCGUCCCCUGGCUGCUGUUCAUGUGGUUGAUGGACAAACGAGGUUUGCGGGCAUCCCUCCUCCUCUCUGCAUUCCUCAUGCUGAUAGGAGCAGCUCUGCGGAGCAUCCCACUAACAGAUCUGCUUCUCAGACGAUGGUUAAUACAUGGAGGUCAGCUUCUGAACGGUUUAGCUGGCCCGACCAUAAUGAGCGCUGGCCCCUACCUCUCAACAACGUGGUUUGCUCCCGACCAGAGAGCCACCGCAACGGCUGUGGCGACGCUCUUCUCCUACCUUGGAAGCGCUGUGGCAUUUGUAAUUGGACCUCUUGUUGUGCCGUCGCCCAAUGACACCCAGAAAGCCCCCAUGAUGGUAGCGGCAGUUUCCGACAGCUACAUCCGAGACAGGAUCCAGCUUGUUUUGUAUGCAGAGUUGGCAGCAAUUGCAGUGCUCUUUACAGCGGUCCUAGUGUAUUUUCCAUCACGCCCCCCAAUGCCUCCCAGUGUGGCCGCGGCGAGCCAGAGACUCAGUUACAGAAGCAGCAUCUGCAGACUUCUCAGUAACUUUCGGUUCCUGAUGGUGGCGCUGGCCUAUGCAGUCCCCACGGGAGUGAUUGCAGGCUGGACAGGAGUCCUUGACAUGGUCCUUACUCCAGCUAAAGUCAGUCAGGUGGAUGCAGGUUGGAUUGGCUUCUGGUCGACUGUGGGCGGGUGUGUGUUCGGAGUGGCAAUGGCCAGGUUUGCAGACUCUAUCCGAGGGAUGUUGAAGCUGAUCUUGGUGCUGAUGUUAGCAGGAGCCUCACUGUCCUCUACCUGGUUCACACUCACCUGUCUGAGCAGAUAUACUCACCUCCCGUCCACUGCAGCCAUCCUGUACACUUCCUGCAUCCUGGUGGGCAUUUUUAUCAACAGCAGCGUGCCGAUAUUCUUCGAACUCUUCAUUGAGACGGUGUACCCAGUCCCUGAAGGCAUCACCUGUGGAGUGGUCACUUUCCUGGGGAACCUGGUCACUGGCCUGCUCCUCUUCUUCCUCACCUUUUACUGUACAGAGCUGUCGUGGCUCAACUGGUGUCUAACGGGCUCCUGCGUCUUCAGCCUCGUCCUCGUCCUCUUCUUCAGGGAGUCGUACGACCGCCUCUACUUGGACGUCUUCGUCGCCGUGUGACGUCGCAAGGGGGACAAUAACAAGACGACAAAAGGGACUGAAUAAUUACUCUUUGCACAAAGGAAAGGAGAAAAGGGAGGUGAAGGGAAAGUGGACACUCUUUUAUGAUUUUAGGAUGUAAAUAUAUUUCGUGGACGGUGGUGAUGGAUUGCUGUUGUAGAACCACAAAGUGAUUCCACAUCAGUGUUUCCUAUUUAAAUGUGUUCAAUUCAAUGCGAUGUGACUGUCUAACACGUUAUUACCUGUUUUUAUAUGUCAGCCUGUGUUUUUAUGUGAACAAAUGUUUUUAUUUGAACCAGGCGUGACAGACUGUUUACAGAUAAUGGAAUAUUUAAAGUUGCUCUCAGUGUCGCCGGCUGCUCCGCUCGCCAUCGUCCCUGAUCGUCUUUAAAAUAAACUGGACAGUGUCUCAAAGCUCACGAGCCGGACGUCACUGACUCCAGGUCAGCGUCAGGCGUCGUCAAUGGCACGAGGAAUCGAAGGGCGGUAGCAAGAGAGAGCUUCAUCAGCCAAUCAGCAGGCCUGGCUGUGCUGAGUGGAAAUCAACGUGGGACCUCCGGGUGUUUUAGAGCUGCUACAGACGGACCCGACGCUGUUCAGCAACACGUGAGACUUCUUGUCACUGAGAGACAGGUAUUUAUGUUCUCAUUACCUUCUCAAGACAAAUAUGCAAAACUGGGCCGAGAUCGAUGAUUGGAUGACGGCUACCGACGUGGUCUGGGAUUUCACAAGCCUGCGCUUUUUUGCUACCGAUGAAUCGUCCACGUGGAAGUCAUCUGAACUGUUACAUCGUCACAUUUCAGAUUGUUUUUGAAUAAUUUAUUGUCAUUUGUGUCCAUUUCUGGGAGAAUUGCUUUUUAAUCAAAAGGAAUAAUGUUAAUUUGUUUUCUAAAGUUUGUAAUCAUUGGUUCUCCUCAGCAGUCUGCCAGUAUUUAUUGGAAACGUCUCAACACUAACAACAUUAACACUCAGCUGCGUAGAAAAUGGUUGUGAAAUCGACAAGGAUGCGACACACUGAGGGAGAUUGUUUGUUAUUACAGUCAUGAGGAUUAUAUGAUAUUGUUUUGUAAUUGCCAAGCUGCUCCUCCUCCAAAGCACCAGCAGGUGUCUCUGCGCCUACUGAGAGUUCACUGACAGAAACCCCUGAGGGAAAGAAAAAGAGGAGAGGAAGUUGCCAUUUUCAUGGAUUCCUUGACUGAUAAAACAGGAGCUGUGAAAGAAAGCAGCUCCGAGUCGAGAGGGAAAUAACCACAAAGAAACACAUGAAGACAAAUGGAAAACAUCUGUCGCUCACAGACAAACUUUCUCUCUGACUUGUCCAUGACUUCACUUUGUGUCUCUGUCUAGAAGACGUGUUUUAAUGUGAUCUCCUGUGGGUUAUAAGGAAACUCUGUACCGUGUUUCCUGGUGCUUGGUGUAUUUUUUAUUUUUUACUCUCCCUGUACAGAAGAAGUUUGUCUUUUUACCUCUUUGACGUGUUGCCUUAAUUGCCCGGUGCAGUGCGUUCCGUGUCCCUCUCAUCCACACUGUGACUAUUAUGUCUGUAUAUAGAGUUAAAGGUCAUGUUCUUCUGUUCACUCUGCUGUUUCCUGGGCUCUGGGUUAUAAAUGUCCUUGUUCAGUGGAAAGGAAAAGAACAAAUGUGACUAGAAUAUUUCCAGCACCUUAUUAAAAUGAACAUUUUAUGAA